AUGAUUGGUGCGGCGGUCAUGAGUGAAGGCUCCGAAGGGGAGGAGGUCUUCAUCGACGACGAGGACAUCAUCAAUGAGAUACCCCUGGACGAGGAAGAUCUCCCCGACCAAGACGAUGAUGACGAGCAGGACGAGAACAUGAUGGAUGAGGUUGAGGAUCAUUCAGCAUAUGCAUUUCACGGGCAUACAGAUGAGGUAUUUGCUGUUGCGUGCAGUCCUGUAGAUGCAUCACUUGUUGUUUCUGGAGGUAAAGAUGACAGAGGGUUUCUUUGGAGGAUUGGAUCUGCAGAGGAUGUUCAAGAGCUGCCUGGACAUAACGAUACUGUCAGCACUGUGGCUUUCAGUUCAGAUGGGAAAUUAGUGGCUUGUGGAAGUAUGGAUGGACAGAUAAAUGUAUGGAAUACAGCUACACGAACACUUCAGGGAACCCUUGAGGGCUCUGAAUCAGGCUUUGAGUGGCUUAAAUGGGAUCUGCGAAGUCACGUUAUAAUUGCUGGAUCAGAGGACUUCAACAUAUGGAUGUGGGAUGCGGACACCGAUGCCUUUGUGAAUACAUUUGCUGGCCACAGUAACACAGUGACAUGUGGUGAUUUUACACCUGAUGGUGAGCUUAUUUGUAGCGGAUCAGAUGAUGCAACACUAAGGAUAUGGGACCGUGAAAGUGCACACUGCAGACAUGUUGUUGGAGGUCAUGGUUUUCAUACUCAAGGACUGACAUGUUUAGCUAUUACAUGGGACUCCCAAUCAAUUGUUACUGGCUCUCAGGAUAGUUCUGUGCACAUCGUGAGCAUAAAAUCAGGCCAGGUUGUCGGUGCAUUAGUUGGCCACACUAACUCCGUCGAGUGCAUUGGCAUCUCACCGAGGUACAACUGGGUGGCUACAGGGAGCAUUGAUCAGACUCUCAUCAUCUGGGACCUCACUCACCAAGCAAUUCGAUCCGUUUGCGAGCAUGACGACGGUGUGACUUGCCUGGCGUGGAUAGGUUCGUCGAGGUAUGUAGCGUCAGGAUGCAUCGACGGCACGGUGCGCGUCUGGGACAGCCUCUCUGGGGAGCUGGCUCGCAUACUGAGCGGGCACCGUGAUGUCGUGCAGUCGCUGGCCGUCUCCGCCGAUUGCAACUCCAUUGUCUCGGUCUCCUCGGAUAAGUCUGCCCGCGUCUUUGACAUAUCCAUGUUCAAGUAA